AUGGUUGAGAUCUCACUGAUAGGCCCCGAACAUUAUCCGAUGAACCUCACCGUUCAGGCAUGCAAGAGACGGAACACCAGUAUACGCGAGGCAAGGUUCUAG